GGCGCCGGCGAGCACGUGACGCCGAGCGACCAAUGAGAAGCCCGCACCGGAGCUCGUCCCCCGAGGCCCCGCCCAAUCGCGUUCCGGGGACGCAGGAUGUGGGCCCUGCGGGCCGCCGUCCGCCCGCGCGCCUGGCUCUCUCGCGUGGUUCGCAAAUGCCCGGCUCUGAGGGCCGCGCCGCCGCUGCCGCCCUGCCCCCUGCGCGCGCUCGCCGCCCUCGGCCCCGGGGACCUGCAGGGGAGAGGGGGCGGAGGCCGCGGCCCACGUGCGGAUGGCCGGAGAAGCCGAGCGGGAGCCGAGGAGGAGGAGGAGGAGGAGCCAGAGGAUGCGGAGGAGGAGGAGGAGGAGCUGCUGCGGAGCGAGCCUGUGCUGCCGGCGGGGGCCCAGCGCGUGUGCUUGGUUCACCCUGAGGUCAAGUGGGGACCCGGGAAGCCGCAGCUGACGCGAGCUGAGUGGCAGGUGGCAGAGGCAGAGGCGCUGGUCCGCACGCUGGACGGCUGGUCGGUGGUGGAGACCAUGGUGGUGCCCACCAAGACGCCCGACAGGAAGCUCAUCUUUGGCAAAGGGACCUUGGAACAUCUGACGGAAAGAAUUCGAGGCUUGGCGGGACUCACAGCGGUCUUCCUGAACGUGGAGAGGAUGUCCACGCCCACCAAGAAAGAGCUGGAGGCUGCCUGGGGCGUGCGGGUGUUCGACCGCUUCACCGUGGUGCUGCACAUUUUCCGCUGCAACGCGCGGACCAGGGAGGCGCGGCUCCAGGUGGCGUUGGCGGAGCUCCCCCUGCUGAGGUCCAACCUGAAAAACGACGUUGCCCGCCUGGACGGCCGAGGAGGGGGCUCUCGCUAUAUCAUGGGGUCAGGCGAGUCUUUCAUGCAGGUUCAGCAGCGUCUCUUGAAGGAGAAGGAAGUGAAGAUCCGAAAGGCUCUGGACAGACUCAGGAGGAAAAGGCAGCUCCUGGGAAGACAGCGCAGGCGGCGGGAGUUCCCGGUGGUCUCCGUUGUGGGGUACACCAACUGUGGAAAAACCACGCUGAUCAGGGCUCUGACAGGAGACGCUGCCAUCCAGCCGCGGGAUCAGCUGUUUGCCACGCUGGACGUCACGGCCCACGCGGGGUCACUGCCCUCCCGUAUGACUGUCAUCUACAUGGACACCAUCGGCUUCCUCUCCCAGCUGCCCCACAGCCUGAUCGAGGCGUUCUCCGCCACCCUGGAGGACGUGGCCCACUCGGACCUGAUUGUGCAUGUGAGGGACGUGAGCCACCCCGAGAGCGAGCUGCAGAAGGCCAGCGUCCUGUCGGCCCUGCGCGGCCUGCGGCUGCCCGCACCGCUGCUGGACUCCGUGCUGGAAGUGCACAACAAGGCGGACCUGCUGCCCGGGUACAGCCCCGCGGGGCCGCGUGCCCUCGCCGUGUCCGCCCUCCUGGGGCUCGGGCUGGAGGAGCUUAAAGCCGAGCUGGAAGACGCUGUUUUGAGGGCGACGGGGAGACGGGUCCUCACGCUCCGUGUCAGGCUGGCGGGGCCGCAGCUGAGCUGGCUGCAUAAGGAGGCGACGGUGCAGCAGGUGGACGUGGUCCCCGAGGCCGGGGUGGCUGACGUCACGGUCAUCAUCAGCGGCUCUGCUUAUGGCAAGUUCCGGAAGCUGUUUCCAGAAUGACAGGCGGCCUGUGGCCUGGGGACCGUCGUUUCAGCUGCAGAGGGAGGCAGGCGGGCGCCACCUGACCCAGGUCAGCAUGGAGGUUGGUCUGUCAGUCGGACGGGCGCACUCGGGGAUUCCAGCUCAGUGGUCAGCGCUGUGUGGGCUGACUUGCCUUCCAGAUGUUUCUGCUACGAGACAUUAAGGCCUAGUUCCUGCAUUUUUAAACCCGCCUGUCUGGCUCUUCCCCGCGCUGGCCGCCCACACGACGUCUGCCCACAGCGGCCACUGAAGGAGGCGGGUGCAGUGUCUUCGUCCUGUGUGUUUCACAGUCGCAGCCGCCCGGCCUGGUCUCCCAAAGCCUGGCGUCGGAGGAAUCGUCACCGAUGGGUCCCCCCACAAAGGCAGAGGACAAAGAACACGUGCCGUCACGGAAGCCACAGAAACCGAGUGGGACGAGCGUCCCAGGAGCCACUAAGAGAUGGCACAAUGGGAAGAUGCCUCGCAGAGCCGUCUGUCACGCGCGUUACUUGCCAACCACAAGAAAAGUAAAGCUGGGGCGUCUUCUCGACCAGCAGGAGGCUCCGUCCCGGAGCUGAGCUCGCACACACGGGGGGCAGGACCCCGCUGCUGAGGCUCCGAAUGCAGACAGGCUCCAGGACAACCUCCGGUGCAAAACGGCCGGAGGGCCUGGGCGCUCAGACACUGACAAGCCCCCAGGGAGAUGGGCAGCCGUCCGGCUGCAAGUCUGUCAGGAAAUCCUGCAGCGAGGGGUUCUCUCGCCCCCGGCACCCAGGAAGUUUGCUGUGUAAUUGCGUCCCUUAGACUUGCAUUCAGCCUCACAGGGCUGUUCCUUGACUUGUCCCAGAACGUUGGCGUUGGGAUGACAAAGAGGGCACGUCGGCCCUCUGCUGAGCACGCCGAAGGCUGGUGUGCGCAGCCCUUGUCUGGUAAGACUCCUGACACACGUGGCCCUGCGGCCCCACUGCACUCCCACCAGUGCUCAGGUCUCCCACGCCUGGCUUCCACACUCGGCCACCCUGUGGACACGCAGUCUGGGAGGUGUGGGCAGAAGGAGGGCACUGAGACGUCCCCGUGUGGUGGACAGAAUAGUGUCCCCAAAGACGUCCCGCCCUAAUGCUCAGAACCUGUGAUGUGUUACCUUAGUGGGCAAAAGGCCGUUGCAGAUUCGAUCAAGUGAAGCCCCCUGAAGUGGGGGAUGGCCCUGCGUGACCCGGGCGGGCCCUACAUGGCGUCACAAGGGUCCUUACAUGAGCGAGGCAGGAGGCUCAGAGUCGGAGGUGUGAGGAACCAGCCAGAAGUGAGACAAAACAUCGAGAAAGCCACGGUGGAGGACGGGGCCCGAGCCGAGCAGGGCCUAGGAAAGGUUUUCAGAGCCGAGAUCACCCUUGUGAGCAGCGGGGCCCCCAGAACCAGUCCUGCCCACACCUGAGCUCACCUGCGAGACUCACGUCAGACUCCUGACCUCCAGAACUGUGAGGGAAUAAAUGUGUUGCUUGAAGUGA